UGUGGCUACUUGGAUUUCCACUGUUCAUAACUUGGGAGUGUCUUUUGCUUUUUCUUUCAUGGGCGUUUGUGUUUUAGGGUGUUAGUCAAAGCAACUGAGAUGUUUUGUGUGAGCUGCAAAUAGUUGUGCUCUAGGGAUAUUUCAGUCUACUCCAGGAUUGGAGGAGUGCUGUUGCGUGUACGCUGUACAGGUGUUUGUGGAGGAUCUUUGCUUGUUAAUGUUGAAGUGUCUGUCAGAUUGAUUCAGCAUAAUGAGGUUCUUGAAAUGUGCAGCUACUUUGCAAAGCAUUGCCAUUUGCCUUCAGGUUUUGUCCAGGAUGAAAUGUUAAAUGAGAGUCUGUGCAUGUCCAGCUUGUGUUCGACAGACUACGUGCCCAAGGCAGUGGGUGAUCAGGCAAAAGAUCUUUAAUACUGAUGCUGUGGUCUUGAUGAGCCUUUUGUGGUUUGCUGUGAAAUGCAUGGAGACAUGGUUUUGACAUGCCUCUCACUUGGAUACAUGAUUUAGAAGGUAUACCAUAAUUAACAGUAUUGAAAGGCACUGAGACAUCCAGAAGAAUCAAGAGGGUUCUGCUCCCUACAUCCACUCCCUGAAGAAAAAAAUCAGUGAGGGUGACCUGGACUGUUUCUGUUCCAAAUCAGGUCUGAAACCUGAUUGUAAUUGAUCUAAAUAUGAAUAAUCAAUUUAUGCAAUAUAUUGAUACUAUGUUUUAAAUUGUUUGUGUUUUUCUAUUUUUUGGAUCCCCAUAUAUGAUAUUUAUUUUAUUUAUUUUUUUCGUCAUCUUUGUCUUCCUUAAUUUUAGUAGUUUUUACUUACUGAUUUUUAUUGUUGAUUGAUUUUAUUAUGAACUGUGUAUUAUAUCAUGUUGUAGAUGGUGUUGUACAUUAGGGAUUUUAAUGUGUUGCAAGCUGCCUGGAGUGCUUAUGGCUUAUUGGGCAGCAUAUGAAUAAAAAAAAAUGAAUAAAUGAAUGUCCAAGCCACUUGAUUAAUGAUGGGUAAGUAUUAUCUCUGCUUGGGUCAGUGAAUAUUCUUGAUGGCUUCUUGUUGUAAACACUUAAAAGUGCUUGCUCCCUGUCUCAUCUAAAUCCUCUCCAGUCCUUAGGUGCGUUGGAAGGGUUGUUGUGUUGAUUUUCUAGGCAGCUUUCUGAUACCGCUUUUGGUACAAGUGAAGUAAAAGCAAUCUGAGCAGUAGGGGUCAAUUGGAGCAUAUCUGUGCCUAUAUCAGCACCAGCAUUACAAACACCCACUUAAUUUAUAGGAAGAACUUUUACAAAGUUGGACAAUUAUGAAAUUCCAUUUAACUGUAAGAAAUGCAGCAUUCCUAGUGAAAAUCCUGGGUAAAGCCUUCUACUGAUUUGCUGUCAUAGGCUGAAUGUAAUUGAAAUAAAAACAUGCAGCUUUGUUACACAUCCCGCUUGGGAAAUGCUAAGGCUGCAUGUAGCCAGAUUGCUUAGAUCCUAUUAAAUCUGUAAGUGUAUGCAGGAUUGCAACUAGAGGUUCAGUUCAAAUAGAUCAAUACUGGCAUAAUAAACCAUGGUUAGGAAGCUGAAAUGAGAGGUGUGCUUCUCUCUUCUUUCAAGUACAGUUGCUGUUACACCCAAAUUAGGAAAUUAUGUUUUUCUCUUGGUUUACUAAUCAGGAUCAGAUUGCAAACUUGAGAUUAAAUCAAAGUUUCCUGGUUUCAUGGCAUGGGAAACUUUAAACAAUGUCUAAUAAACUCAUCAAAGCUGGUGCACAGAGCCAACAUGACUGAUAGCCAAGGAUGCUGGGAGUUGUAGUACAAAAGAAGUUGAAGGUACCAGUUGUGCCUUUGCAGAAAGUACAGUAGGAAUUAUUCAUACAAUACUUUUUAUUAAAGGUAUACUUCUUAUUUAAAAGCAGUUCCAUUUCAUGCAGCACAUUCCUGCUUCUUUAUUUAGGUAAAAUGAUCUCAAAUAUUAUAAGUAACGGGGGAUACUUUGAUGGACAUGGCAUUUUACAGGCAGUGCAAGCAAGCAAAGACAGGUCAUUGUCCUGGGGAUCUUACAUGUCAAACGCGGGAGGCACAGAAAGGAAAACAAAGAUAAUAGGAUAAACCCGUUGCAACGAUAUUGUAAUUACACAUGCUGCACCUUCUGCCAUUGUUUUCCAUCCAGGUUUCGGCAGACUGAUUCAGAUUCCUUGCCAAACCUGCAAAGAAACAUGGAAAUUUAGGCUUGGGUUCAGGCAGGGUAGCGGGAUUGGCAUUGGGGUGCACCUUCGGAAGGCCGCACCUCAGCUACCGAAAGCCCGAGCCCUCUGGAGAGAGUGAUUGGUAAGAAGAGAAGGAGUGAGAGCAGGAUGGUUCAGCAUCUGCUGCUGCUGCAUUUGUUCAGCAGCAAUGGGCAGCUCAUCGAGGGUCUCCUCCUGGAACGAGUCCCAAACUUGGAGAUGGCACUGAAUUAGCUUUUAGCUAAAAAAGCAAAAACUAAAUCAGUUUCUCAUUAGACCAUGAUCAUAAGCUCCAGUUCAGUCCCUCUGCAAAGUCAGCAUGAUGUCAUAUUCUGUUUGGAACCAGCUCAGCAAACGGUCUGAAAAUAAUGUUCUUAUUAACAAAGCCAGUUGUAAGUUGAAUUUAUGCAAGAAUUUUCUGCUCACAGUGCGUAUCCUGGUAUUUUACUAGCAUCCCAUUAUUAGAUCUGAAUGAAACUCAGUCUUUUGAAUGGGUCAAGAAAAUGUCUGGCUCUAAUAAUGGCUGUAAACCACUUAAUUCCUGUUCUGGUUGCUGAUUACCUGAGGGGUAGCUGAAGAGCUGAAACUGUUGAUUCCCUCGAAGGUUUCCAACAUGUAAAAAUCACAGUAGAGAAAUCUGUGUACAUGCUUCAGGUCACUUUUCGGAUAUUCUUAUGCUUCAGAGAUUCCUUUUGUAUCAUGCUAUUGAUACUCUACUAGUGUUGAAGCAUCUCUGUGCAUAGUUCAUACAAGCCAUGUGCUGCCUAUACACAGCUGCAUUUUGAUUCAUAGUUUCAUCCUGUUUGCAGUACUUACAUAGACUACUGAAACACUAAACACUAGCACUACCUUCAGUUCAUCUGUAGGAGGCACUAUCUAGCUUGGGGCAUUAUAUGACUCAGGUAUUGUGCGACUGUUUUCUGAGAGUCCAGAGAACACUUUGUCUGGGGUUGCAUAAGUUCUUGACCUCGGAAGCAGGUCAAAGCCAUGCCCCUGUUUCAUGUAGCUGGGCCAUAAGAUCUCUGUACACCCCAGAGAUGGUCAGAGAAACCAUAUAAAUUUUAAUUCCUCUUAUUGGUCCUUCUAAAGCAAUUUAGCUAUAUAAAUGUAGUAACUGGCUACACAGUGAUUGAUUGAGAUACAUUUAUAUUAUAUUUUAAUACAAGUUUGUUUAAAUAAUGGUGUUUUUCCAGUUUAUUUUAGGAUUUGAAGAGCAGGAAAUACUGUAUACAUGGCAAAGAACAUAACGCUUCUUCAGACAGUUAUAAUGUUGUUACUGCACGAUUACAUAUCAGCUGAAGAUGGUGAUGUAAGAUCAAGUUGCCGAACUGCACCAGCAGAUUUAGUUUUCAUCUUGGAUGGUUCUUACAGUGUUGGCCCGGAAAACUUUGAAAUAGUCAAAAGAUGGCUUGUCAAUAUUACAAGUAACUUUAACAUAGGACCAAAGUUUAUUCAAGUUGGAGUAGUUCAGUACAGUGAUUAUCCUGUACUUGAAAUUCCACUUGCAUCUUAUGACUCCAAUGAAAACCUAGUCAGAGGAAUGGAAUACAUAGAGUACCUGGGUGGAAAUACGCAAACGGGGAAGGCAAUUCAGUUUGCAAUUGACCACCUCUUUGCUAAAUCCCCAAGAUUCCUUACAAAAAUUGCAAUAGUUCUUACUGAUGGUAAGUCACAAGAUGAAGUCAAAUAUAUAGCAGCUGAAGCAAGAAAAAACAAGAUCACUCUGUUUGCCAUUGGGGUUGGUUCAGAAACUGAAGAGGAUGAACUGCGAGCAAUUGCUAACAAGCCCUCAUCAAGAUAUGUCUUCUAUGUUGAAGAUUAUAUUGCAAUAUCCAGAAUAAGAGAAGUAAUAAAGCAGAAACUCUGUGAAGAAUCUGUUUGCCCAACAAGAAUUCCUGUGGCAUCCCGGGAUGAAAAGGGAUUUGAUAUCCUUCUAGGUUUAGGUGUAAAGAAAAAGGUGAAAAAGAGAAUUCAGAUCCCAUCUACAAAUGCAAAAGCUUAUGAAGUAACCUCACGCAUUGAUUUGUCAGAAUUGACAAGGGAUGUUUUUCCAGAAGGACUUCCUCCAUCAUAUGUGUUUGUAUCCACUCAGAGAUUUAAAGUCAGAAAAACAUGGGAUUUAUGGAGGAUUUUAAGCCUGGAUGGAAGAACACAAAUAGCUGUUACUAUAAAUGGAGAAGACAGAACUCUGUCAUUUACUACAACAAGCCUUAUAAAUGAUACUCAAGUUGUUACUUUUACUGCGCCCCGUGUAAAGACAUUGUUUGAUGAAAGAUGGCAUCAAAUCCGUCUCUUAGUAACAGAAGCAGAUGUGACAUUGUAUAUAGAUGAUCAAGAAACAGAAACGAAACCACUGCAUCCUGUUUUAGGGAUCUAUAUUAGCGGAGUAACUCAAAUAGGAAAAUAUUCUGGGAAAGAGGAGACUGUACAGUUUGAUGUCCAAAAGCUACGGAUCUACUGCGACCCAGAACAAAACAACAGGGAAACAGCCUGUGAGAUACCUGGGAAUAAUGGAGAGUGCUUGAAUGGACCUAGUGAUGUUGGCUCUACACCACCUCCUUGUAUAUGCCCCCCAGGAAAACAAGGACCACCAGGUCCCAAAGGUGAUCCUGGACAACCUGGGAACCAUGGCUAUCCUGGAGAACCUGGUCCAGAUGGUAAGCCUGGCCACCAAGGGAGAGCUGGAACUCCAGGUAUUCCAGGACCCCCAGGGAUUCAAGGGCCACGUGGCUCUCCAGGCUUGAAGGGUGAACCUGGGUCUGAUGGGACAAAGGGUGAACGCGGUCUUCCAGGUUUCCCUGGAUUACAUGGGAUGCCGGCAUCUAAGGGUGAGAAAGGACUCAAAGGCGACCAAGGACUACCAGGAAUUUAUGGGAAAAAGGGUGCAAAAGGGGAAAAGGGUGCACUGGGAUUUCCAGGAAUGCCUGGCCGUCUUGGGGAUCCUGGGAGGAAUGGAAAGGAUGGCAUACCUGGAAGCCCAGGUUUUAAGGGAGAAGCUGGACAACCAGGUUCUGCAGGACCAGAAGGAAGACGAGGUGACCCUGGAAUUCCUGGGAUCCCUGGAGUUCAAGGAAUAAAAGGAGACAAGGGUGAAGCUGGACCACCAGGAAAAGAAGGAACAAAAGGAUCAUCAGGGAUACCUGGCCUGCCUGGACCUGAGGGAACAUCAGGUUUACCUGGAGGACCUGGGUCUAAGGGCAGCAAGGGUGAACAAGGACUGCAAGGAAAAUCAGGAUUGCCAGGUGUCAAGGGAGAACAAGGGAGACCAGGUGCAUCGGGUGAACCAGGCUAUCCCGGGAUACCUGGCACACAGGGGUUGAAGGGAGAGAAAGGAAAUCAGGGUGCAAAAGGCAUCCAGGGUCAGAAGGGAGAAAGUGGGAGAACAGGUGCUCCAGGCCAAAAGGGAGCUAUGGGAUUAAAUGGAGCUGAAGGGCAGAAAGGUGAAAAAGGAGAUCCUGGCGUGAGUGGCCUCCAUGGACAAAAGGGAGAACCUGGAGUUAAUGGCUUCAUUGGUCCACCAGGACCAAGGGGAGAGCAAGGAGAGAGGGGAUCUCCAGGAACUCCUGGGUCAGAUGGGAAACCUGGAAGAAGUUUUUCAGAAGAAUUCAUUCGGCAAGUUUGUGCAGAUGUGCUAAGAACCCAGUUGCCUACUAUACUUCGGAAUGGAAGACUACAACACUGUGAUCACUGUCAAUCUCAUGCUGCUGCCCCAGGACCUCCCGGUCCAGCAGGCCCAGUUGGCCCUCAAGGUCCUCGAGGUUUUCCUGGCUUGCAAGGGAAUGAUGGGGCCCCGGGUUUGAUAGGACCCCCCGGACGUCACGGAUCACGAGGGCCAAAAGGAACACCAGGAAAAAAUGGAGCUAAAGGAAGCCAAGGAAUUGGAGUCCCUGGAAUGCAGGGUCCUCCAGGACCUCCAGGUCCUGAAGGCCCACCUGGCGUAAGUAAAGAAGGACCUCCAGGAGCACGUGGGGAACCAGGGAAAGAUGGUGACCGUGGAAAUCCUGGAAUUCCUGGACAAACUGGACCACCUGGAAUUUGUGACCCUUCUUUAUGCUUCAGUGUAAUUGUAGGAAGAGAUCCAUUUAGAAAGGGACCAAAUUAUUAAUCUGGGUCUGUGACAGUGGCAGACUAGCCUGGUGCUUGCCUUUUAUGAUUUUUCAAGUCUCAGGAAGAAGACUGGCAAUAAUCCCAUUUUCUAGGAAUUAAAGUACCUCUGAUGUGUAAAGUAAUAUGGUAAAAUAUUCCAUAUUCAGUUUAAGUCUCUAAACAUGUGGGGCCUACAGACUGAUUAAACCUCUGAGCCCUGAUCUAGUUAAACUUAGUUAUCACUGCCCUUUUGAAAUGACAAAAAAUUAAGUCCCAUUGCUCUGAAUCAUGGCAAACUUCAGCUGGAUUGGGGCUCUGAUCUCCAGGAAAGAGUGCAUUGAAGCCUAUAAUUUUGCCCUGUGACACUUCCCUUUGAAGUCCACUGGCAUUUAAAAAAAAAUGUCAAAAGCAGAAUUGGGCCUUUGGUACUUGGUGAUCAGGUCUAAAUCACUGUGAAAUACUUUUAAUUAAUCCCAUAUAUGCCAUAUGGAUGUAGCCCUCCAGAUGAUUUGAUUACAACUCCCAUCAGCCCUAGCCAAAAUAGCCAAUUAUGAGGAAUGAUGGGAGUUAUAAGCCAAAACAUCUGAGGGGCCACAGGUUGUCUUCCCUGGAUAUACAGUGUCUUAAUUUUAAUAGUACAUGGCUACUUGUUAUUUUCUAUGUUUGUGAAGUUCUUUCAAUUGUAUCUGGUUCAUAUUUCACUGGUUGCAGGUUUCUUUUGAGAAAUGCAUACACUAAAGAUUUUGUGUUCAUCAUUAAUUUAACAUCAGACAUUUUCAUGCAGUUACAUUGCCCUUAAUGAAUUCAUGCAAAAAUUCAAUUAGACAUUUCCAAUCUCUAGGGACACCUUAAACCAGGGGUCUCAAACUCAAUUUACCCGGGGGCCUCUGGAAGUAGAGUCUGGGUGAGGCUGGGCCGCAUCAAGUAUUCCACCACCGCGGUGGGGGUGGGCCGCUCAUCCCGCGUCGC